CCUGUCUUAAACCUGACCAUCUCUUCUUUCCACACAACCUUCCUCAAAAGUAAGCUGGCUUUUUCAGUUGCUUGAUUUUGCAUGGGCUGAUGAUGGAUUUGCAUUAAAACCACACAUCACACCAUGUUUCCCGCCAGUUUAUCGCACCUUCCAAACUUUAGGCGAUAGUUGACUUUACUUCUGGCCGAUGUACGAAGCUAUUUUAUGACGUCGUGGCUAUUUCCUCUUGGUGGGAAAAGUGUCGUCUUCCUCUGUGAACCCAAAUCACCAGCACCCGAGCAACAGACGGACCUUCGGCAGUUCUACUGAUCGCAGGAAGGAAAGCAAUGUGACAAUGGACAUCUUGGAAAAGGAAGAAACAAAUUCACUAACAGUGUUUUGAUGGGGAAGACUGUUCAACUUACCACUCAUUUGCUGUGCUGACCAAUCGGAACUGUUUUUCCCACAGUGAAGUGAAUCUCCGCAGCCUCAACAAUGACUUCUCUGCUGUUACUUGCUCUGCUGUCCGUCUGCUGGGCUGAUUCUCAUUUCAACCUGAACUCUACAGAGUCAAAAUACUUCAGAACUAUCUACGUUGCAGAUAAUGGAUCACGACUGGGCAUAAAGAUAGAUCAACCUAAAGUUAUCUCAUACCGAGGUAGCAAUGCCACACUGCCCUGUAAGUUCUAUUACAAGCCGGUUCCUGCUCGUGGAGCUCACGGUCCUUUUAAGGUCAGGAUCAAGUGGACCAAACUCACAUCAGAUUACCUCAAGGAAAUUGAUGUAUUCGUUUCAUUGGAAAACAACUGGAAAAGUUUUGGAAAUUACCAGGGAAGAGUCUUCCUAAAUGAAGGUGACGAGAAUGAUGCCUCUAUAACAAUUACAGAUUUAACUUUGGAGGACUAUGGUAACUACAAAUGUGAAAUAAUUGAGGGGCUCGAUGAUGUCACUGGGACCAUAUUGCUGGAUCUCCAAGGUGUAGUAUUCCCAUACUUCCCACGACUAGGUCGCUAUAAUCUGAAUUUUAUGGAGGCUCAGAAGGCAUGUGAAGAUCAGGAUGCGAUAAUUGCUUCAUUUGAUCAACUUUAUGAUGCAUGGAGAGGAGGGCUGGAUUGGUGUAAUGCAGGCUGGCUGAUGGAUGGGUCUGUACAGUAUCCCAUCACCAAACCCAGGGAGCCAUGUGGUGGCCAAAAUACAGUGCCUGGUAUCCGAAGCUAUGGAUACAGAGACAAGGUGAAGAAUAAAUAUGAUGUGUUCUGCUUUACUUCCAACUUCAAUGGACGAUUCUACUAUCUGAUUUACCAUCGAAAGCUCACCUAUGGCGAAGCCGUGCAAGCUUGCAUCAGAGAUGGAUCAAAGAUUGCUAAAGUCGGUCAAAUGUAUGCCGCCUGGAAGUUGCUCGGUUACGACCGCUGUGAUGCAGGUUGGCUAGCUGAUGGCAGUGUCCGCUACCCAAUCACUAGACCCCGGCGUCGGUGCAGCGAAACUGAGGCAGCUGUGCGUUUCUCUGGCUUCCCCGAUAAAAAGCACCGGUUAUAUGGUGUCUACUGCUUCAGAAGCAACUGAUAAUUCAUGUUAAAGCUUAGUUGGAGAUGAGUAUUAUUUUAAUUCUGCACAUGUGAAGGAUGUACUUUCAAUAAUAUGAACUCAUGUUACCAAAACUGUGAUAAAAAGAUUUUUUCUUACUGUACAAUGCCAUUUUCAUGCAAGCCAAAACAUUUUUUCUUUGUUGUAAUGUAUCAUACAAUCAUUAAAUAUUAAAAAUAAUAUAAUUUUUAUAGGAAGUUGUACCAAGAUUUAGCAUCAAUUUGCCUUUUUGUUUAAGUAGCAUUCAGCAAAAGCUACCCUAAACAUUGUUCCGACCAAAAGAUGGACUAUUCAGGAUUGAGUGGGGCAUGCCAUAGCUGGACAUUAAGUAUUGUAAUAUCAUUCAUUUACAAAAUGAGCAUUUCUCAGGCAAUAUUUUAGUUUAUUUGUGAAAUAUACAUUCAGGAUUCAUCUUGCUUUGUAAACUUUCUAAAAUUUUGCCGCUUCAAGAAAGUUGAGCAUGACAGUGGAGAAAGAUGAUGUGACACUCUAAUUCCCCACAAGAAGCUAAUAACUUGUCCAAAAUUUAACUUGCUGAUCAGGCUGUUAUUGAUAUUGCAAGCUUUUGCAACACCAUUAGAAACCCUUAGUAUUCUAGUUAUGCCAGAAUUGUUUCAUGUUGGACGUAAUGAAUCUACCAGCUGAAUUUUUGUUGUUAAACACAAUGCAUGGUGCACAUUUCCCCUACUCCCUGGACAAAUAAUUGAAAUUAUUGCGCUGAAGAAUGAAUUGUCCAAGAAAAGCAAUAGCUUUUUUGACUUCUUCAUAUAACUCAGCUGAAGGCCACCUGUGUUCUUCAAACAGAGGACAAGCUGCCCUUGAAGAGGCAUUUUGUGUGGGUGUCAGUGAGCCUGUUGCAUCAGUAAACAGUAAUCAAGUGCAGUUAACAGCCCUUUCCAGGUCUUGCUGUGCACAUAUUCCACCAGGUAAUGAAGAAUUCAUCAAAUAAAGUACAAGUUCUGCCAGUUUCAGUGUGUUAGUAGAUUUUAUAUCAGACAAAAGCAAACCCCUUCCUUGAGGUGACUGACUUUUUUUGUGAGGAAUGUUAUCAUUUAUUAAGGAACUCCAGUAACAGGAAAUCACUGAUGGGGUACAUUCAUUUUCUUGUUAUGCAGCUGAAGAAAUUACAUCGAUCUGUUAUUUUAAACAAACAUUUGCGUUCUUUCAAUGGUAUAUUUAUAAAGGGCAGAAUUGCCCUUAGUUAUAGUUUCUUGCAUUUAAGAAUUAAAACUAUUGUGAGAUCACUUUAAAAAAUUAAUUUCAUUUCCAAACACCUGUUGGCUGUACUCGCUGGCAAAACCUUGGAUUCACUGUUAAAUCCCACACAAGUCGAAGAUUAUGAAUGCAUUCCAACCCCAACUUCAGAGCAGGGAAAAGUGCAUGGAAGUUAAAAGAUCAUUCAUAAACAAGCACAUUAUUUAAAGCUUAAAAAUAAGGCACAAGGCCAUAAAUCACACCAAUCAAACCUAUGUAGAAACUAUAACUGGGUCAUCUUGCCCAUUUUGAAACAUGUUCAUACUUGGAUGUUGGCUCAUGAGGACAAUAUACUUUGGAUGUUCCAAAAUUUGGUGGCCAAUGUUAUUGCUUCACAACCUCAGAGUGGUACGGCAAGUAAAACCAUUGCCUUGCAGUGCCUGAGGCCAGGGUUCAAUCCUGACUUUAAGUAUCAUUUGCAUGAGGUUUGCACUUCCCCGCUGACUGUGUGGAUUUCCUCUGGGUGCUCUGGUUUCCUCCCAUGUUCUAAAGACAUGUGAGUCGGUAGGCGAAUUGACCACUGUAAGUGUAGCUGAGUGAUAGAAUCUGGGGGGAAUUGAGUGGGGAGAAUAAAAAAAUGAGGUCAAUGUGGGUUGAUGUUCUAUGCACUCAGUAGGCCAAGGGGCCUGUUUCAUGUUGUAUCUCCAUGAGUUUAUGAAUUACUUUCUGUGUUGUUUAGUUUUGAAUCUGUGCUCUUGACAUUAACUUCAGUAAUGAAAUACUGAAGCACAUCAUCAGUUGUGAUUCCAUUCCGAUGCAAAAAGCAGUUUCUAGUAGGAAUAAAAAUCUUAAGGGGGACCACACAGUCUGCUUACCGGGACAACUAGGAGCUGAGAGGGUGCAACCAUGAAUGAAAAUAAAAAGUUGGUGGUGGUUUAUUGCAACUUAGCACAUUGUUGAUUUAUUGAAGAAGUAGAACAAUAGCUGUCCUUCUAAAAGACAACCUUAUUCAAUGUCCAAACUCGAAUCUAAAACUUUGACAAGGAUUCACAUAAUUUGGUUCUUUACAUGAAUUAUCAGAAUGGUUUGAUAAACAUAGAAUUAUCUAAUGAGGUGAAUUAAUAAGAAAGUGGUGCUUAAACUGAAAGUCCCAAUGAGUUCAAAGAAUACUGCAUUAUAAAGGGCCAAGUGUUUAUAUGGUUGAACUUUUAUAUAAAGCAAUUCCAAAUGUGCUGUAGCUUACUAGUUUUGCAACUUCCAAAGCAGUUAUAUUCCAACGGAAUGCAUCAUAUUUAAUUAUCCCGUGAAUGCUUUUUGUUUUCCUGUUUGUGUCUGAUUAUUUAUUCCUAUUUCUGGUUUUAACCUACUUCAUUUUUAGGGUGAAAAGUUAAUUAAAUGCAUAGCUUUUGUGGUGAUUACAUUCACAGCUGUUGCUGAUAUCACAAGAGUUUACUAAUUGAGGUUCAUUCUGACCUGUGGUUCACAUCAGUCUGUUCCUUUGAUUGUCAGGCUUCAAUUACAUAAUAUCAUGAGGGCAUAAAGGAGUAUAAAGGCAUGCUAAUUUAGAAAGAAUACGAGUCCAGCAACAUCUUUAGGAACUGCCAGUUAGCUGACUCUAUACCCAAUGAGAAGAGUAUGUAUCACCCACUCACCAUCCAGUUGUACCCGAAAAUUGCAUCUGAGCCUCACAACUAGCAUAGGAUGCAAAUCUAAUUAGGCAACUGCCUCAUUUUGGGACAGGAGGAAUGAUCUUAAAGAAAUGUGGCCCAUUGAACAAUCAAGUAGUGUGUGCCUCAGAAGGUCAGUAAGUGAUAAAUGUCCUUUUUUAUUUUAAAAAAAAGAUAUGUUUACUACCUGAUUUGUAAACAGGGGAGGUAAUAUAGACACAAAUCAGUUGCAAUAUUACAUUGAAAAGGUAGGCAAUACUGAGGUGCAAGGUUGUGGUGAAUGAGAAAUGAAUAGUUGCCUUCUCUGGCAUUGCUCUAUCAAAGUUGUUGUGGAAUGAAUUCCUUUAUAAUAUGUGGCGAUGCCUUCAGCUGCCAAAGUCCUAACCAUUAAUAACAAUCCCCUAAACAUCUCCACCUCUCUUUAUGACAGUUUAAAACCUACCUCUUUAACCAAGCUUUUAAUCACCUGCCCUAUAUCUCCUUGCGUGUGAUACUGUCACAUUUUUAAAAUAAUGCUCCUGUGAAAUGCCUUGAAUUAUUAAAGGUGCUACAUAAAUGAAAAUAGUUAUAUUGUUAAAAUAUGCAUCAAGAUGGCUUUGGUAAAGAGUUGAAAUUGCCUGUUAGAAAGUGUCCUUUUUUUCCAGAAAAGUUAAGACUUGAUCUGGGGAUAUUGUUUCUCGGAUGUGGAAAGGAAAAUGAAGAGUUUUUAAGUUGGAUGAAUUUUGUCUUGGACAGAGAUAAAACUGAGAAUGUUUCGCAGCUGCUUGUGUGUGUAAGAGUUCGUAAUGGAGUGAUUAUGUUCUACCCAUUCUUGUUUUAAACUCGUGUACAGUCCAGUAAUAUUACACGCUAGAAAGGUCCCCAAGCUUCAAGUGUGCUGUGCAAUUUUAUUAGUUUUCUGAUGUGGCCUCUAUUUACACUUCUGUAUGUGAUCGACAUGUUGUGCAUGCAAUGCCAUUAGCUGGGCAGUGCAUGUGUUUUGUUUUUGCAAAUAUUAUGUAUUCCACAUCUUUUUUCAGUGAGACAUUGCAAACGCUUUGCUUAGGGUUUGCCUGGGAAGUAUUACUGUACAAUGAAUGACUUUACAGAGAUCUUUCUGUUAAUUUCAAGGUAAAUUUGUUGAAGAACUCAGGAAAGCUAUCUGAAAACAAAACUGCAGGGCAGAAAAAACAUGUGAUUAGCUAUAUAUUUGUGUCACUGUAGCAUUCCUCAUAUAUCAUGUUUCUGUAACAACAUAGAAAUAACAAUAUAACGUCUAUAAGUUACUGAAUAGAACUGCUACUCUUUCUUAAUUAAACAAGACAAAGUUUCUAUCACCAAUGAGUCAGUUCAGUUAUCCAAUAGAGCAGAAAGCCAUAAGUAGGAAGCUAUGGAAAGGAAUUUAAAUUGACAGUUGGUUUAGAGACUUACGACAGAGAAAGUUACAAAUUGUAUUAAGGAGUAUAGUCCGAUACCUACCGCAAAGGAUUAGGCUGAAUUUAUUACUUGAUUUCAGUGAUUGUCAUAUUUCCUAAGCUCAUCUCAAAUCUGUCUGCUUCUCUGAAAUAUAAAAGUAUAGUUUUUUUUUAACCUGUUUAAAUGUGUACUGUAUAUGGAUAAUUGAUGGUAUAUUUUCCUAUGUGUCGAUUGGAACAUAUACGCUUAAUUCCAAUUUAGAUUUAGUUCUUUUAACUUCUCUAAAACUAUAUAUAUUAAUUUUUUGAGUUGGAGUAAAAGACCUAACAAUGCACACCAAUUUUUCUGAAUGAUAUGCAUUGUUUAAGAAUUCUUGUAUCAUUAACUGUAUGAAACAUAUAUGGUUCAAUGCAAGCAUCUAGUUCAAGCUUAGACACAGAUUCAUGCAGGGAUCUCCAGAUCAAUGUAGUAUCAAUGCCACCUUAUUCUUUAACAGCUAAGUAUCGCACCUCACACAUAUUACUUUUGGUCGGAUGAUAGUUUUCAACUGUACAUUGAGUAUACAGUCCAGCAUAUAGAUUAUUCAGAUAUAACUCACCAUUAGCAAGCAAUUUCUGUUUAAUCUUGUGAAACAAUGACAAGGUAAAAGUUUGUUGCUGACUCUUGUUUAAAAUAGUGCCAAGGUUUGCUGCAUAAGUCUUGCCCGUGGGAAAGAUGCUGGCUUUUUUUUUUGCUGACUAUAUUUUUUUCUGCUCCAACAUACUGCAGUAUUUUGUCAAUCUGUGUUAUUCUUAAUUAACCCUCAGAACGGAAUACUUUACUGCAGCCUGCAAUAUUCGACAGAAAUCUCAUGUAACAGAGGAAGAAAUUGUAAAUUCAUUUUUAGAACAUGUGCAUCAAACAAUUUGUUUUAAUAUCACAAGAUGUUUCUCAUGCUGCUGGAUGCCGAGAGUCUUUCAGGAUUCAGUGGGCUUUGUGCUACCUUACGUGAAUAGAAUUUAUAAUAUGCUUUUAUGUUUGAAUGCCAUCCUUGCAUCUAUUUGCACUGUACUGCAUUAGUACUAUUAAGGUGUCCUCUAGAAAGUUACUAAAAUACAUUAACAAAUGAAGCAAUUGAUUUAAUAUAAUGUAAAUUGUAGCAUAACAUGGAAAGUUAGGUAAUAACCCCAAAGAUCAAUACUUGAAUGGACAUAUUUCAAGUAUAAAAGUAACCUUUUUGCAUUUUGUGACAGGAGCACAGCAAUGCUAAUUAAAAACGUGAAACUAAUCCUUGAGUGUUUAUUAUUGUGCUAUUUUAUCAAAUGAAAUAAUGUUCUCUGUUUUCAAAAACGUUCUCAUUAAAAGAUCCACAGUAGUGUACUUCAGACAAUUUGUGGGGUGUUUCUGUGUACUGU